GGCACAGAGGGAGCAGGGCAGCCAAGUCCCCAUCGCCGGCUGCCACUGCGCCAGGUAGACUCUGUAGACUCAGCUCUCACGGGCACAGGCUUUGGUCGGGCGCGGCUUUGGAUCCUGCCUCCGCACCCGCAAGGCGACGCGCAUGUCUCAGGUGCCAGUGCUGGUGUCUCUGAAGUGUCCGUGGCUUAGGCUGGGCGGCUCCCUAGGCACGUACGUCACCUGUUUGACAGCCUCCUACUAAAUCAGAGAGCAGCAAGAGCCAGGAGCCUCGCGCGCGUCGCUGGCAGCUCCAGCGGAUUAGAACUCGCCUCCUUGCUCCUCCCUGAAGUCCCAUUUAAAGUUAAGUCUGGCUUUAAGAAAAAGCUGAGUGGGCCUAGUUUCUGCAGCGCUUUCUUCUGCAAGAUGAACAGCAUUCUGCCUUGCCAAGAUCAGUAUUUUGUAGGAGGCCAGAGUUAUAAUUGCCCGUAUUCCACUACAACGUCAGAAUCUGGUGUUGACGUUUCCAAGGAGACUUGGGUCUCUUUCUGGGCUGCUGGUCUCCUGGACAACACUGAGCUCCAGCAAGCACCACAAGUGCUGGAAUCGCCCUCUGAGUUAAGUUUCCCUGUUCUGGACUCAUGUUCAUGGGAAGAGGCUCAGCUCUCAUCUCAGCUCUACAGAAAUAAACAGCUCCAGGAUACUCUACUGCAGAAGGAGGAAGAACUUGCUAGGCUACAUGAAGAGAAUAAUCACCUCAGACAAUACCUGAAUUCUACUUUGGUUAAACGUCUGGAAGAGAAGGCCAAGAAGUUGCUGUCAUCAGAUGAGUUUUCCAAAGUGUUUGGAAAACUCAGAAAAGAGAAGAGGAAACCCAAAGAACACAGACACUCCCCUGCUGAGAUUCCCCAGUUCAAAACUGCCAAGAGAAACCUCUCCACAGAGUUUUCUAACUGUGAGGAACAACCUGGGCCCCAUGUGGACCCCUGGGUUCUUCAAACCCUUGGGUUAAAAGACCUCAACACCAUUGAUGACACUCUACCAGCUAACUACAGUGCCACCACCUCUCAUCCCAGAGCAGUUCCCAGUAUUUCCUCUCUGUUUGUACAUGAUGCAAAUGGCUAUGCAAAUGUCCCCAGAGAUCUACACCUCGACUAUGUAGGUCAGGGAACACAUGGCUCACAUACCACCUCCAUCCACCAGGAAGAUUGUCACAGUUUUCCUAGGCUUUCUAAUCCUCCAGUGAGGGUGCAGACUCUUCCUUACCACACUGCAGAUGUGUCACCCAACAAGACAGAGAUGGCCUUUUCCACAUCUUUGAGCCCUCACUGUAAUGUGAAAACUCACUCCUUCCACCAGGGACAAGCCUUUGUGCGUCGAGAUGAGGAAGGAGGUUGGAAGUUUACCUGGGUCCCUAAGCAGACCUAGUGACUCCUUUCUUCUAUCACAGAACACUGCCAGGACUUCUGUCUGUAAAGACCUCUUGCAUAUGGACUUGACCAUUGAUAACACAGCAGCUCUAGCCUGCCUCCUGCCACUGCCACUGUUCCUUUAGGCUACACACAUCAACUUGCAGGGUAUGGUGGUCAAUAAACCACACUGUUAGCGAUCUGUUCUUCCUUUAUUCAUUCUUGACCUGUUUACAGGCUCAUACCUGCCCUCGGCUUUCUCUCAUUGCCUGAGGCCUGGAAAUAUAUUUUCUAAUUUCCUGUAUAGUUUUUCAAGACAAAACUGUCCUUUUCCAAUUAUGGACCGUUUAACAGCAUAUCAUUUUCCACCAGAUUGUCUAAACAUGGCUUCUAUUCCUCCUCUGCUUGUCUUUGUGUCUGAAGAUGACCCUUAGAAUGAGUCCCAAUUCUAUUUCACAUACUUGCUACUGGAUAUCCACAGAUGGGGCUUCUGCCCUUUAGCAUUACUGAAGACUCAGGGUCAAUAUAAGUAACACUCUGUUCAUGGAAGAUCAAAUAAUUAAAUGUCCCAUGGUAAUGUUGUCAAAGAAUCUCUUAAAGAAAGCUAACCUCACCGAUAAGCAAUACCAAUGACAGAUUAUAGCAGUCAAAAGAACUACUUUUAUCUCUUUUAAUGUGUCAUGUGUUAUAUUAAUCUCUAUUGGUACCUGACAUUGUUUCUUUGAGCAGUAUGAUGCAACAUAUUUUGAGGGACUUUAAUUAAAAUAAAGAAUAGGAAAGGUUUCCCGGACUACACCGAGCUGACAUCCCCUUCACUGGAACUGUAGUCUUGCUUAACUUUGACAUUGUCUUAUCCUUGUUCAUCCUCCAUUCUGCAUUCCAUUAAAACAUGUAUAGAAUACUUAGUAUCCAUGUCAGACAAGGUAAGGUCACAUAUGUCCCAAGACCUACACAAGUGCACAAGUUAACCUUCUCAAAGCUAUUUCAUUUGUGUGAAGGUUCAGUGUUUCUGCCUCUAGAAUAUAGGCGUUAGGCUAGGAAACCACUUGCAUUCUGAGUGGAGUGUGCGUUGCAUUUGCUUUAGUCCAAAAUGGCAUCCCAUUCUAUUCUUCCCUUUAACUUUGAUAAGUGAUGCAGAUAUUAUGUAGGGUGAACCUUAUAUACAACCAAAACAAGAAAAAUGAAUAUAAGCAAUAUGCAUAUUGCUUAUAUAAUAUAUAUAUAUAUAUAUACAUAUAUAUAUAUAUAUAUAAUCAUCACAAUUCUGUUCUCAUCAUGAUAUUCUUCAGCAUAAGCCAGUUUUGUGUGUUAGUGUAGCCUAGUGGAAAGUCAUUGGCAUCUACCAAUAGAUACGUAUUCAUUUUCAAGCUGUGCAUAGCUUGAAUGCAAAUCCUGACAUCAAGGAUUCAUCGCUUUCUAGAUUAAAGAAACAUUUCCACAUGUUUGUUUCCUUUGCACCCUGAUCUUGUGAGAAUUAAGCAUGUAUCAUGGACACACAUCCAUAUUGUCUGCAUACAGUCCACUGCUAUUUCUCUCGUCCCCAUUCCUUCUCAACCUGUCACUUCACAGAAAACAUGUCUGAAAUGUGUACUGUCUGUAAGUUUUUGUAAGAAGGACGUUCUUUUGAUUUUUGCUCUUUGUUCUCUGUUUUAGUUUGAUCACAAAAAUCAAAGAACCUGUGUUAUAAUUUCUAUUGCCAAUCAGUUUUAUUUACUAUCAUUGAAGGCACUGGUACUCGCUGGGGUGUUUUCAUAACUUAUGGAACAAUAGAACUAUUAAAAGCUUUCUUUUCAGAGGAAUGCCUUUUACAUUUUAGUAUCCACAUCCCUGGUGGGUGACAUCAAUCUCAUUUUAGAAUAACAAAGUGAACAUUAGAAUUGAUUGUAUGUUGCUCUGCUAGGAAUUGAGUAAACCAUGCAAUUAUUUUGAAAGUCAAAUAAACAGAGAACCAAAUUAACUAAAAGAUAUUUAUAUUGCAUUGUUUAAGCACUGUAUUGUGUGAUGUAUGCCAAGAAGAAAUUCUCAAGUUCAGCACUGUGCAUUGGGCACAAAGAACAGCUACAUACAUAACACAGCUUUUGAGAUCAUUUCAAAUCAACUUGGUCUCAUCCUGGUGUAUAGAAGUUAGAUCCCAUUGAUAACGUGUUUAGACUUAUAAUAUGAAAGGUGGUAACAGAGGAAUUACCACAUAUUUUUGCAAUUAUAUCUGCAAGUUUCUGAUAUUUAUUUGAGUUAUAUAUAGGCUAUCAUUUUGUUGCUGUGUAAGAAAUUUGAAAUUUUAUUAUGUGAGUACAUGUUCUGACUUUAAAGGUUGAUCUUCUCUCUCCAGCAAUCCACUUAAUAUCUUACAAGAAAAAAAUGAUAAAAACUGUCCCUUUCUGAAUGUGAUGGGUACUUUCAUAUGGUGCAAAUGAUUUCCAACAUUAGCUAUUUCUCCAUCUGGGUUGUAACCAUAACCUUCUUUAUUUGCAUUAAUUUUGUAACAUGUUUAUAUCUGGAUUACUAUCAUUGGCACUUAGGGUUAUUGAUUAUUUCCUUUUUCCAGGUAUAUAACUGAGACUUUUAAAUAAUCUGUGGCCUAAAAAGGUUCAAAUGCCUAAUGAAUACAAUUGUCUUAAACAUAACAUCAUAUAAGAAUUUUAAUCUAAUGUUGAUGUUUAAUCAUAUUAUAUUAACUAUCCAAAAGUUUAUACAAUGUAUUUUGAUGAUCAAUAUCUCUAACUCCUCCCUUUUCCAUCUUCUCCACCCUUAACUCCAUAUGCACCCAAGAUCUCUGUUUUGGGAUAUUUAUGAAUAAAUCUGAUAGGCUUAGUUCUUAAAACAUAUAGCAUAGGUAUGUUUUUCAGUAUGUUUUAAAUCUUCAUUUUGACAGAGGUACAUAAGCAUUUAGUUUUAAUUCUUACAAAGACUAUCUACAAAUAUCAAGCACGAUUUACUACUUGGAGUGUAAAUUCUACGAUUUAUUUUUGAUUGGAACAAUUUCUAAUUAUAUAAGUCAACUUUGUAAUCAAUCUAUGACUAAUAAAUGAGAAAACUUA